CGCGUUAUGAAUCAGGUGGAUGGUCUUUACCAGAACGUGAUCAUGCUGGUGUCUUGAUCUUGAACUUCUCAGCUUCCAAAAUUGACCUGUUCGCUUCUCUGGGGGCUGUCGGACUGGAAGAAAAGAUGGGCUUGAGGCAAUCUCGGCAAGGAGCAGACGUGCCACAGGCCCGCACCAUUUACCUCAACGAACCCCUUAGGAACACUUUCUGCAAAAACUCCAUCAGCACAGCCAAGUACAGCAUGUGGUCGUUUCUCCCUCGAUAUUUGUAUCUGCAGUUUAGCAAAACUGCCAACGCCUUCUUCCUGUUCAUCACUAUAUUGCAGCAAAUUCCAGACGUAUCUCCGACGGGAAAAUACACAACUCUGGUGCCUCUGCUAGUUAUUCUUGUAAUUUCAGGCAUUAAAGAGAUUGUAGAAGAUUAUAAACGACAUAUGGCAGACAAAUUAGUUAACUCAAAGAACACAAUAGUGUUAAGACAGAAUGCAUGGCAAAUGAUUCUGUGGAAAGAGGUUAAUGUGGGUGACAUUGUGAAGGCUACCAAUGGGCAGUUCCUUCCUGCAGACAUGGUCCUGAUUUCUUCCAGUGAACCUCAGGCAACGUGUUUUGUUGCAACAUCUAAUCUGGAUGGAGAGACGAAUCUAAAAAUACGGCAGGCUUUGUCAGAAACAGCUGCCAUGAAAACAGAAAAGCAAUUGUCAAGCCUAUCUGGAAAAAUAAAAUGUGAAGGGCCUAAUUUUCAUUUCAACAGUUUUGUGGGAACCUUGUACCUAAAUAGUAAAAGCCCUAUUUCAAUUGGGCCUGACCAGGUCUUGCUGAGAGGUACACAGCUUAAAAAUACUGAGUGGAUCCUGGGCAUAGUUGUUUACACUGGAUUUGAAACUAAAUUCAUGCAGAAUGCAGUCAAGUCACCCCUCAAGAGAUCCAAGGUGGAGAAGGUGACCAACAUGCAGAUUCUGGUGUUAUUCCUGCUGCUCUUGGUCAUGUCCUUGGUGAGCUGUGUGGGAGCCAUAUUCUGGAGAGACAGGUACAGAGCGGAGCCCUGGUACAUCGGGAAGAAAGAUUAUGACUAUCACAGCUUUGGGUUUGAUCUUUUGGUAUUCAUCAUCUUGUACCACAAUCUCAUCCCCAUUAGUCUGCUGGUCACUCUGGAAAUUGUGAAAUACAUUCAGGCCCUGUUUAUAAACUGGGAUGAAGAUAUGCAUUUUAAGGGAAGUAAUGUCCAUGCUAUGGCCAGAACAUCCAAUCUUAAUGAAGAGCUUGGGCAGGUGGAAUACUUAUUCUCUGAUAAGACAGGAACCCUCACUUGCAAUAUUAUGACAUUUAAGAAGUGCAGUGUUGCUGGUAUAAUGUAUGGAGAUCUGUCAAGCAAAAGUGAUGAUGGUGCAAAAGACUUAAGUCAGUCUCCUUGUUCCAUCUCAGACUCCUAUGAAUUCAAUGACCCAGCAUUGUUGCAGAACUUUAAGAAUGAUCAUCCCACGAAAGAGUAUAUAAAGGAAUUUCUUACUCUGUUGUGUGUGUGCCACACUGUUUUUCCAGAGAGAGAGGGAAACAACAUAAGCUACCAGGCCUCCUCUCCAGAUGAAGCAGCUUUAGUGAAAGGAGCCAAGAAACUUGGCUUUGUUUUCACCGCAAGGAUGCCAAACUCUGUCACCAUAGAAGCUAUGGGAGAAGAACUCACAUUUGAAAUACUUAAUGUACUGGAAUUUUCUAGUAACAGAAAGAGGAUGUCUGUAAUCGUCCGAACUUCUGAAGGACAGCUCCGGCUCUACUGCAAAGGGGCCGAUUCAGUGAUUUAUGAGAGACUUUCAGAAAAUUCUCUCUUUGUGGAGGAGACAUUAGUCCAUCUGGAAAAUUUUGCUAAAGAAGGUCUGAGAACUCUCUGUGUUGCCUACAUAGACUUAACUGAAAUAGAGUAUGAGCAGUGGCUGGUCAUGUAUAAGAAAGCCAGCACAGUGGUACAAGACAGAAUGCAAAGUCUGGAAGACUGUUACGAUAGAAUUGAACAGAAGUUCCUACUACUUGGAGCCACGGCUAUCGAGGAUCGCCUUCAAGCACGUGUUCCAGAAACGAUAACAAGUCUAUUGAAAGCGAACAUAAAAAUAUGGGUCUUGACAGGAGAUAAACAAGAAACUGCAAUUAACAUAGUGUUUUUCACAGUGUUUUUACAGCCCAUUGGGGGUGGUGGUAAGGCAACACAACAAGUGAUUAAUCAGAACUGCCAAGAUCUUGGAGCACUGUUAGGUAAAGAAAAUGACCUGGCCCUAAUCAUAGAUGGUAAAACAUUGAAAUAUGCCCUCCAUGUUGAAGUUAAGAAGUGCUUCCUUAAUUUGGCCCUCUCGUGCAGAACAGUAUUAUGUUGUAGGUUAUCUCCCCUCCAGAAGGCUGAGAUAGUGGAUGUGGUGAAGAAGCAGGUGAAGGCCAUCACCCUGGCCAUCGGGGAUGGUGCCAACGAUGUGGGGAUGAUCCAGACAGCCCAUGUGGGUGUGGGCAUCAGUGGGAAUGAAGGCAUGCUGGCCACCAACAACUCUGAUUAUUCCAUUGCUCAGUUUAGCUACUUGGAGAAACUUCUGUUGGUUCAUGGAGCUUGGAAUUAUUUUCGAGUGACCAAAUGCAUACUGUAUUGCUUCUAUAAGAAUGUCGUGUUAUACAUCAUUGAGCUUUGGUUCGCCAUUGUUAAUGGAUUUUCUGGGCAGAUUAUAUUUGAACGUUGGUGCAUCAGCUUGUACAAUGUGAUUUUCACAUCACUGCCACCCUUUACUCUCGGAAUCUUUGAACGGUGUUGUAGUCAGGAGAGCCUGCUCAGGUACCCACAACUCUACAGAAUUUCUCAGACAGGGGAUAUUUUCAACAUAAAGGUGCUUUGGAUUCAAAGUAUAAAUGCUAUUGUCCAUUCAUUCAUUCUCUUCUGGUUGCCUGCAAAAAUGCUGGAGCAUGAUAUGGUCUCACAAGGUGGUUACACUACAGACUAUUUGUUUCUUGGAAAUUUUAUAUAUACGUAUGUUGUUGUCACUGUUUGUCUGAAAGCUGGUUUGGAGACGCUGUCUUGGAAUAAAUUUACCCAUUUCGCCAUUUGGGGCAGCAUAAUGAUCUGGCUGGGGUUUUUUGCUGUUUACUCCUCCCUCUGGCCCACUGUUGCUGUUGCUCCUGAGAUGACAGGACAGGUCAAUAUGGCUCUGAUGUGUCCACACUUUUGGCUGGGUUUUUUCAUAGUCCCGAUUGUGUGCCUGAUUCAAAAUGUAGCGUGGAAAUCGAUUAGAAACACCUGCCACAGAACUUUGCUGGAGGACGUUCGGGAGAUGGAAAGCAGCGGAGUUCAGGUACUUCGCAGAGACUCUGCACGGAGGCCCAAGGUGGAGGAGGUGGAUCUCCAAAGGUCCGUGAGUCCCAGGUCCUGUCAGGUGGUUUUCCGGAACAACUCUGUGGACCUAGGUGCCCCACAUGGGUAUGCGUUUUCUCAGGUAGAACAAGCUGUGAUUUCUCAGGAAGAACUAGUCCGAUCUUACGACACCACCAAAAGCAAACCCCAGGGGACUUUUCCUUCUGCCACCUUUGAGUAAGAGCUGGGUCUCUGGGUCCUACCCUUUUGUGUCUGUUCUGGGGACAGCUGCAAUGAGCCAAUGCUCCUCAACACUCCUGUGACUCUAGCCAGUUUGUUAUUUCUAUAUUGAUUAAAUCACUACCCUUGGGUAUAGACGAUGGGGAA